AUGGGUCAAAAUACAACAGAUACUGUUGAUGAUAAUAAUGAGUUCAAAGUAGGGGUUGUUCUCGAUUUUGAUAGCUUAGUAUCAAAGAUUGGGUUGACAUCCAUGUCUAUGGCUCUCUCUGACUUUUAUUCUUCUACAAAUGAUACUCAUAAGAGAAAGCUGGUUCUCCACACUAGAGAUUCCCGUAGGGAUAUUUCUCAUGCAGCUUCUCAAGCUAAUGAUCUGAUAAAAAAUGUUGGAGUUCAAGCAAUCAUAGGACCAUUAACAUCAUUACAAGCUAUUAUCAUGGCUGAUCUCGGAAACAAAGCUCGGGUUCCUGUCAUUUCCUUUACCGCCACAAGUCCUACGGUUUCUACCUCUCGAAACCCUUAUUUCUUUCGAACAACACAAAGCGACUUGGCUCAAGUAAAUGUGAUUUAUGAUUUAGUGAAAACAUUUGGAUGGAGAGAUGUUGUACCCAUAUACGAAGACACGGAGUAUGGAAGAGGAGUCAUACCAUACUUAACCGAUGCAUUCCAAGCCAUCGAUACCAAAGUUCCUUACAGGAGUGUAAUUUCCCCCGCAGCUACUGAUGGUGAAAUUCUAAAAGCACUAUACAAAUUGAUGGCAAGGAAGACUAGAGUAUUUGUUGUGCACAUGACACCAUCCCUUGGAAUACGUGUUUUUCAAAAGGCCAAAAUGAUUGGGAUGAUGAGUGAAGGGUAUGCAUGGAUCAUUACAGAUGGGUUAAGUAAUAUCUUGGGCUCUUUCAAUUCUUCUGUUAUUGAUUCUAUGCAGGGAGUCUUGGGGGUAAGGCCAUAUAUUCCUAGGUCAAUAGAGUUUGGCGAAUUUCAAGCUCGAUGGAAAAAGAAGUUCGCACAAUAUAAUCCACAUACGGAGAACGUCGAACUGAACAUUUUUGGUUUAAGAGCUUAUGAUACAAUUUGGGCACUAGCAAAUGUGUUGGAGAGACUUGAGAUAACGAAUUCAUCAAGCCUGUUGGAACCACAAACAGUAUUUCCCGCUGCGCUGACAACAUCAAGUGUUCCCCAGAUAGGUCCUAUGCUUUUGCAGUUACUUCGCGAGACAAACUUUAAUGGCCUAAGUGGGGAUUUCAAUCUCAUCAACCGGGAAUUGCAAUCGAACGCCUUCCAAAUACUUAAUGUGAUUGGAAACGGGGGUAGAGAAAUUGGCAUUUGGACAACAUCGAAUGGUAUUUUACGUGACUCAGGCAGUUUGAUUACUACUAGAGCUAAAGAUUUCCCGGCGCCUAAAGAUAAUUUGCGCGCUAUUAUAUGGCCUGGAGAAUCUACUGUUGUUCCAAAAGGUUGGGUGUUUCCAGAAGUGGGAAAAAAAUUAAGGAUUGGUGUUCCAGUAAAAGAGGGUUUUACUGAAUUUGUAAGAGUUACAAGGAAUAGUAGUUUCAACAAUUCCACUUAUGUAACUGGAUACUGCAUAGAUGUGUUCAAAGCUGCAUUAGAGAUGCUGCCCUAUCCGGUUCCAUAUGAAUUUGUUCCCUUCGAAAAAGCUGAUGGUACCACUAAUUACGACGCUAUAGUUGGAGAUAUAACAAUUAGUGCAAAUAGAUCGGCCUACGUCGAAUUUACAUUACCUUAUACCCCAUCUGGGUUUUCGAUGAUUGUUCCGCUGAAGGAGGGCACGAGCAAUAAUCCAUGGAUAUUAUUUAAGCCUUUGAAUGCACAACUCUGGGGAGUGAGUGUUUUAUUUUUUAUCUUUACCGGGCUAAAGACAGCUACUUAUGUUUCAGAGCAAAGGGUGCAAAACGGUAUGGCUAAAGUUGUUGUGGUCAUAUGGGUAUUUGUUUUCCUCAUACUAAGUUCAAGUUACACAGCAAGUUUGACAUCAAUGUUAACAGUUCACCGGCUUGAACCUACUGUCACAGACGUACAUGAACUAAUAAAAAAUCACCAAAAUGUCGGUUACCUAGAUGGAACAUUUAUAUACACGAUGUUGCGGGGCAUGGGAUUUGAGGAGGCUAAUCUGAAACCCUACAUCUCUACUGAAGAUUUAAAGGAAGCUUUCACAGAAUUGAGAAAUAAGGAGGAUCGUAUUGUUGCUGGUUUUGGUGAAGCACCUUAUAACAGACUAUUCCUUGCAAAAUAUUGUCAUCAAUUUGCCUUGGUUGGACCAACUUACAAGACAGAAGGAUUUGGUUUUGUAUUUCCAAGAGGAUCACCUUUGGUCCCUGAUAUUUCAAGAGCAAUCUUAACUGUACGGGAGAGUGACAAAAUUACAAGAAUAGAACAAGCAUGGUUUGGGAACCAACAGAGCUGUGCAGACCCCAGCCCCAUGUUUUUCUCAACUAGUCUCAAUUUGGAUAGCUUUUGGGUUCUUUUCCUCAUAACAGGAAUUCCAACAGCUUUAGCCCUUCUGGUUGGCAUCCUGUUCAAGUGGGAUACUCCACUUGUUAGAAAAAUCAAAGAUUUGUGGGAAAGCUUUCAUCGUAAUAACUCUAGUUUUGUUGAAGUGGCAACAAGCGUACGCGAUGACGAAGGUCAGGGAACCUACCACAACCAGCCAAACAACAAUGACAACGGUAAAGCGCCUCUGAUUGAGCUAGACUCCAAGGGUAAAGGGCCGCUGAUUGAGUCAGUGUCAAAAAAUGAGAAAUACAAUGGUUUGGAUAACACGAAUUCCUUACACCAAAAGUUGAUCAUCAAAGGUUGA